AUGGCUGGCGUGGGAAGCGGUGAGCCCAGGGAGCCAGGAGGGGCUCCGAAGGACCUGCUGGCACAAGACCCGAAGCAGGAAUGGCAGCAGCGGAUAUUCGUCAACCGCAGCCUGGCUCUGGGGAGCAUCCGCUGCUUCGGCUUCGACAUGGAUUACACUUUGGCUGCCUACAAGUCCCCGGCCUAUGAGGCUCUGGCCUUUGAGCUGCUGCUGGAACACCUGGUAUGCAUUGGGUAUCCGCAUGAGAUCCUGCGCUACACCUAUGACCCCGCCUUCCCCACCAGGGGCCUGGUGUUUGAUGCGCUCUACGGGAACCUGCUCAAGGUGGACGCACACGGGAACGUGCUGCUGGGCACCCAUGGCUUUGCCAUCCUGUCUGAGGCUGAGAUCUGGAGCAUGUACCCCAGCAAGUUCAUCCAGAGGGACGACCUGCAGCGCUUCCAUUUCCUCAACACCCUCUUCAACCUGCCUGAAACCUACCUCUACGCCUGCUUGGUGGACUUCUUCUCCCGCUGCUCUCGCUACAUCAACUGUGACACUGGCUAUCAGCACGGGAACCUCUUCAUGUCCUUCCGUAGCCUCUUCCAGGAUGUGACCGACGCCAUGGAUAAUGUCCACCAGUCGGACUGUCUCAAGGAGAAGACGCUGCAGAACUUGGAGAAAUAUGUGGAGAAGGAUGAGAGAAUCCCUAUGCUGCUGGGCAAGAUGAAGGAGGUUGGGAAAGUGUUUCUGGCCACCAAUAGCAGCUACAACUAUACCAAUGCUAUCAUGACUUACCUCUUCGAGACAGGAGAGGCUGAGACCCAAACCAGGCCAUGGAGGUCCUACUUUGAUCUCAUUGUGGUGGACACACACAAGCCUGGCUUCUUUGCGGAGGGGACGGUGCUGAGGCAGGUCAACACGGACUCGGGCAAGCUCCGUGUGGGCACCUACACGGGGCCACACCAGCACUGCGCUGUCUACUCUGGAGGCUCCUCAGACAUGGUGUGCGAGUUGCUUGGGGUCCACGGGAAGGACAUCCUGUACAUUGGGGACCACAUCUUUGGGGACAUCCUCAAGUCUAAGAAGCAGCAGGGCUGGCGGACUUGCCUGGUGGUCCCUGAGCUGACCUGGGAGCUGGAUAUCUGGGCCCGGGAGAAGGGGAGGAUGGAGAAGCUGAAGAGGCUGGACGCAUACCUGGCAGACCUGUACCAGCAUGUGGAUGGGAGCAGCUGUGGGUUGCAAGUCAUUACUUCCACCAAGAAAGAGAUUCGGAUGCCCCAUGAGUUGGUUGCGGAGCAAGAACAGAACAGUCUGGAGUCCUCUCUCCUUUCCUGCAGCCUCAUGGCCGAGAGCAAAGAGAGACACGAGGACCAAGAGGAUGUCUUUGAGCUUGACUGA